GUUACGCAGAGAUCAAAUUCGUGGUGGGCUGGACAGAUUUGAAAAAAAAACGCACAUUUUAAAAAAAAAAUUAAGGCAUUACUGGCCCAGGAACCAAUGUAGCUCAGUGAGCACGGAAGUGUUGGGUGAACUGGACUGGCAGCAGAGUUUUGAAUGAGGCGUUUAAAAGGUGGAAUAUCGCACCUGGCCUAUUCCGGGAACUAUGUCUAAAAGUAGCUCCAUUGAAAACAUGGAGUUUAAAAAUCAUAAUUGAUACGCAUAUUCCAACAGGAAUGUAUUUUUUUAUAUUACAUUUCCGAGCUAAGAUGCGCUUGGCCUGUACAACUGGUGCCAGGCCCCAUCACCAUGGUGCCGGAGCCCGUCAUUCUGACCCCAUACAGGAUGUGUUUCCGGGUGAGGAGCUGGAGUUAUUCAUCUAUCAACAUUAAAACCAGCUGCAGUAUGGCGGAGCGUGGAGGUCAAAACUGUGAUGAUGAUGAUUCCUAUGAGGUCGUAGAUCUGUUGGAAUAUUCAGGGCGACAUGAGUGGUGGGGCCGUAUUUUUGGACAGAAUUCUGGACCAGUUGCAGAGAAAUAUUCUGUAGCUACUCAAUUAAUGAUGGGUGGUGUAACUGGCUGGUGUGCAGGUUUUGUAUUUCAAAAGAUUGGCAAGCUGGCAGCUACAGCCAUUGGUGGUGGGUUCCUUUUGAUGCAGGUUGCAAAUCACAGUGGCUAUAUUAAAGUGGAUUGGAAAAGAGUUGAAAAAGAUGUAAAUAAAGCCAAACGACAGUUGAGAAAGAAAGCAAAUAAAGCUGCUCCUGAAAUCAACACCUUCAUUGAAGAGUCAGCUGAAUUUGUAAAGAAGAAUAUCGUGCUGGCCAGUGGUUUUGUUGGAGGCUUUUUAUUGGGACUGGCUUCCUAAGAAUUUCCACCAAUGUACAGACAACAGUGAAGACAAAGCUACAGUUUGGUCCUGAAAAUCCAAAGCAGUGAGCAAAACGAGCACAUCAUAUCCACAGUUCACGAAGAGUCAUAUCAGAGUGUUCAAGGAAACAGUUAAAUAUUAAAAGAACAUAAAAGCAAAACUAUUUAUCCUGUAGUCAAAUUAAUUGGAUCAAUUUAUAUUAUAACUUAUAUUGUCAAGGAUGGCUAAUUUUCUCAGUUGAGUUUUAAAAGUUUUUGUAUAGUUUCUCCUGUUAUAUCCAUACUUAUUAUGCUGUAAAUCUCGUUGCAAUUCCAGAGCAAGCUAAGUAAUUACUGUAUUUUCUGUUGUAUAGACUUAUUAAACAUACUAUUUAAAAUGUAUUAAUUAGUAAGAUGGAUCUGAUUAAUGUACAAAGAGUUUAGUAUUAUUUAGCUGCAAUUAGGACUGAGGCGCGGUCAUAUCUCCAUGUUUGUGCAAUUUAAUUAGUUGAUUGAAUAUAAAUUAAAGACUGCUUCAAAUUUCAUAGAAUAUUGAUUUUAAAUUAAAAGUAUAAUUUUGGUAAUUUA